CUGAAAAUUUCUUUUCAAUAUGGCUUCCGGCGACACUGCACUAUGGCUUCACAAUAAAUUAGGAUCUACGGACGAUCUCUGGUCAGGCAAGACAAUAUGUUCCCAACUAAGUCAGAACAAGUUACAGAGUAUCCAUGCUUGUUUUCACACCUUACAGCCGCAUGUGAAGGUCAAACUCAUGCUGUCGUUUCUGCACAUCCCAAGGCGAAACGUAGAACAGUGGAAAGGUGACCUUGAGGAUAUUCUGGCAUUAGCAACACAUGACACAGAUCAGUGGGUGUCGACCAUCGCGGAAAUCCUCCAGACUUACCCCAGUACAGGAUGUCUAAAUUUAGAACUUGAUAACAGUAACUCCACCUUCAUGGAAAUUCUUACAGACCUCAGUAAAGUGGUGAAGAAGUGUGCGGGAGUGAGGAUGCUACCCAUGGAAUGCCAGUUCCUGAAUAAGACGGCACUAGUAGCCACCACUGGACCCCUCCCCCAGCCCGUCAAACACUUCGCCCUGAAACGGAAACCCAAGUCAGCCAUCCUCAGAGCCGAACUUUUACAGAAAUCCUCGGAAGUGGCCAACAAUAAAAAAAACAAUGCUCCUAACAGUGUUCCCUACAAAGUCCGCAGCUUUGCCAAAAAGAUGGACGACACCACCCCCUUGAAGGGCCUCCCUGGGAGAACCCCGCCCUCAGCCGGAUUCCGAUCCCCAGGAACUGUGCCAGGGCGGACUAACUCACUGCAGGGAAACCCCCUAGCAGGACACAGACAGAACUCUCUAAAAAAGGAGGGAGGAAUAAAGCUUUUGGAGCUGGAAGCUCUACCCCUGGGUCCAAAGGAAGCAAAAAGAAGGAAGAAAAUACAAGAAAUGGAAGAGAUAGAACAAAGGAAGAAAGAGAAGGAAGCAGCUGCAGCAGCAGGGACCAACACAACCACUGCUUCUUAUACUCCAGACUAUGCUGCAGGUCUAGUGUCUCCUGCCCCCUCUAAGCUGUCCACCUCCACUACCACGUUACCGGGCGUGACGACGGUCUCCCUGUCCACCCCGACCCCCACUGUUACCUACGUCCCUCCUGCUGCUUCACGCCUCACAGCUCCAACACCCCCCACUUCUUUUGUUUCCCCUGUCACAGCUACUCAGCAACAGGCCAGAGAUAAUCUCCAACAACAGUUAGAGCAACAGCUCGGCCAAUCACAGAUCAGGACACAAACGUCAAUACAAACCAACCAACCACAGACAGCCUUACAAACAAAUGUUCAGCAAUUACCCAAUCAGAACUCUCAUCCACAGUCCCAGCCCACAGCAGCUGCAGCUCCACAGCAGAAGAAAGGGCUCUCUCUCACAAAAGAACAGAUGUUGGAGGCACAGGAAAUGUUCCGGACGUCAAACAAAGUCACUCGACCGGAAAAAGCCCUCAUCCUCGGCUUUAUGGCGGGAUCUAGAGACAAUCCGUGCCCCCAGCAGGGUAAUGUGUUAAGUAUCCGACUGAGUGAAAACAAAGAGAUUAUCCAGCAGACAGACGGCUCAUCCAAAGCCAUGCUGGCGGACAUGUUCUUCCAGAUGAACUACGAGACGGGGGAGUGGAAGAGGAUCAAAAAAUAUCGCGAGUGUCCCGAAACCUGAAACAGAGCAGGGUUAUUAUUAAAUGGAAGCAGUAUCAGAUGAGGGCAGAUGGAGAACUCAGAUCCUGGAACUCCCCCAAUCCUUGACGAAUCCGCCGCCAGAUCUCACAUUCUUAUUGCUUGUCAGGCCCGUCAUCUGCCGUAAAGAUGGUGUCUCGGACAGCCUUCAUGUUCACUGAUUGUCAUAAGAAACCGCUGUGUAAUAGUAACUUUGACAAUGAGAGGCUUACAGGACCUCAAUGCUCACCUGAGUUUAAAAAAACAAACAAUAGUUCUCACUACCCCUAAAGCUUACAGUUGUGAGAGGAAUAGAAUUUGAACAAAUCUACGGUUUAUUUAUUCUAAAGAUUAUAUUUAAUUAUUAUCAGGUCCUAGACUGGUCUCCUGAAUGAUGAUAAGAAACACAUACAGACACUGGUACAUGUACUAACAUAAAUUUGAUUUGAAAAAAUUUAUUUUUUAACAGUUUUUAGCUCACCUGAGCCG